AUUCACUUUGCCAAUUUUACUUUGUUGUUUUAAUAAAUAGUAAAUAAAUAUCUGAAAAAACAACAAAACUACGGGUAUUUUUCAAUAUUAAAACUCAAGACUUUCUAAUCGUUCAUAAAAUACAACAGAAAGUGAAUAAAAAAAAACUGCCGUAGCAUAACAUCUUGUUUGUCAUCAAAAGUAAAAAAGCUGUGUGCUGCUGAAACCAAACCAAAUAAACUCUCAACACCAUGUGGUAGAAGAGGAGAAGCAUUUGUUCGUAUCCCAUAAAAUGUCACAAAAUAGCUCCGAGGAUCUUCGUACUGCUGCCGAAUUAAUUGUCAACCAAGCACGUGCCAUGCAGUCCAGAGGUGGUGGCAAUGUGCCCUAUGAUAUGUCUCGCACCCAUUCCAUAAAUUUAAUAACCGAAGAAUUCCUUGGUGGCUAUAUGCAGGAUGGCCGUAUGUCAGUGGUGCGGAGAUUUUUCUGUUUGUUUGUAACUUUUGAUUUGUUUUUCGUUUCACUGCUAUGGUUAAUAUGUAUCAUGCUAAAUGGCGACAAUAUCUUUAUAGCACUACAAAAACAAAUUGUCCACUAUACCAUAGAAACAUCUCUGUUUGAUGUGGUGGCUGCUGCCAUUUGCCGUUUUAUAAUUUUAAUAUUUUUCUACGCACUGCUUUAUAUAAAUAAUUGGUUUAUAAUUGCUCUUUCAACAAGUGGCUCAUGUUUAUUUUUAAUAUCAAAAGUGUUUGUUUUCGAUUGGGUCAAAGCCACUCCACAAGUAUUUGAAGUGAUACUAAUUAUAACCUCAUUUGUUUUGGCAUGGGGCGAAGCUUGGUUCCUGGAUUGUCGAGUCAUACCUCAAGAACGUCAUGCAAGGCGUUACUUUUCUGUAAUGAGUGGAUCGACAGAUCGUUCGCCUUUAAUUGCCCCCCUGCUCUCUACUCAAAAUGAACGUCGUCCUGCCGAUAGUGUUGUUGAUUUCUAUUCUCCUUUGGACUCAGCCCACAAUAGUGAUGCAGAAGAAGAACUGGAUGAAGAUUACCAUCAAAUGGGAUUGGAUUGUGUUCGUAGAACUUAUGCUUUAUUGAAUGCUACCGAUUGGAAGGUUGAAAAGGUCACGAAAAAAGGGGAUACCAUUAACAGUAUACACCGCGAGAAAAUGGGAAAAAUCUACAAAUUAACUGGUCGUUUAAAAUAUCCUGCCAAAGCUUUGUGCAAUGAAAUGUUUUAUAAAGUGGAGGAGAUGCCGCAUUGGAAUCCUACCACAUUGGAAGCCAAAAUGGUUAGGAAAAUCAACUCCUAUACAGACAUAACCUAUAAUGUUUCUGCCGGCAGUGGUGGCGGCAUGAUCAAAUCUCGUGAUUUUGUAAAUCUACGCUGCUGGCGCUGUCUGGUAGAUGGCAAGAUAUGCGAUGAAAGCAUAGAUCCAGAUUCAUCAGAUGAAGAAAUGCUUAAUAACUCAUGUGAGGGCAGUGUGUCCACCAUUUCAGAUGGCGAGGGUAUUCUAACACCUUUGCCUGGUAGUGUGGGGAGUUGUCGCGGUGGUCCUGCUCUUGAUUAUCGCCUGCAGGAUAAUAGUACUCCAUUUAAUACAUUAAGUAAAAGUUUGGGAGCCAAAGAUUUUACCGAUGUUAUGCAUUUGAAUUUGAAUAACGAACCACCUCCAUUGGAUGAAGAAUUUGAAGAUGCCAAAGAUCAUGUGGAAGACGAAGACAAGCCGGAGGCAGUAAGCAACAAAGUAAUGGCCGGCAGUGUAACUGAGAAAUCAUCAAAUCGGGGGCGAGUUUGGGUAAAUGCAGCCAUUAGUGUGACCUAUGAUAAAAUUCCCGUGAAUCCCAAAUAUACAAGAGGAGAAAAUCUUGUAUCGGGAUUUGCUAUGCAUGAGGUUGAAGGAAAUCCCGAUGUUUGUAUAUUCGAAUGGAUUUUGUGUAUAGAUUUGAAGGGCUAUAUACCACGCUAUGUUUUAGAUACGGCUUACACAACUUUCAUGACAGACUAUAUUACAUAUUUGCGCAAAUACAUCAAGGAAUUGAGGCAAAGGCGUCGUGGCCGUCCACUGCCUAGACAAUAGAAAAGCUUUCUCUGUGCACGCACUCACGCCAAACCAACAGUUAUUGUUUACCUUAACCUUUAAUUUUAUAUAAGAGAUCAUCAAAAUGCCUAUUGUUGUGAAAGACAAGUAAAACAAAAAAAAAAAACAACAACAAGAAAAUUUCAAAGAACUGAUUCAUAUGUAUUUCUCUUUAACUCUAAAUUUUCAUUUUUUUCGAAUUAAGUGUCGUCUCGUCUUUUAAGGAAAUCUAUUGUACGUAAUCUUGUGUAUAU